AUGAGACUCAUACUACAGAUCAACACUAAAUCAGAAUCAAAGCAGCAGCUACUCAAGCAACAAAAUUUGGCUAGAUUUCUUGACAAUUGUCAUCUUGAUACCAGAGGCUGGCAUUUGCAGUGUCAAUACUGCAGGUCAUCCUGGUACAAGAAGGUGGCAUUUGUAGUGUCAAAACUGCAGGUCAUCGUGUACUGCAGGCCAUCCUGGUACAAGAAGGUGGUACUUGUAGUGUCAAUACUGCAGGUCAUCCUGGUACAAGAAGGUGGUACUUGUAGUGUCAGUACUGCAGGUCAUCCUGGUACAAGAAGGUGGUACUUGUAUUGUCAGUACUGCAGGUGUUGUGUUGAGGCAACACAAUGUACAGUUGUUAAUGCAGGAGACCAAUUAGAUCAACAUUUACACUCACUCAAACAAUCUUCAGAACAGUCUCAGUGUGGAUAUCAGACCAGGUUUUUCAUAAGCAAAAAAACAAUUCAGUGUUCAGUGUGUCUAAAAGAGUUUUCUGAAAAAUAUAAUUUAGUCAUUCACAUGAGAACUCACACUGAAGAGAAGCCAUAUCAGUGUUCAGAAUAUCUGAAACACUUUUCUAAUAAAUCAAGCUUAGUAAGUCACAUGAGAACUCAUUCUGGAGAGAAGCCAUAUCAGUGUUCAGAAUGUCUGAAAGACUUUUCAAAAAAUUCACAUUUAAUAAGACACAUGAGAACUCAUACUGGAGAGAAGCCAUAUCAGUGUUCAGAAUGUCAGAAAUGCUUUCCUGAAAAUUCAGGAUUGAUAAUUCACAUGAGAACUCAUACUGGGGAGAAGCCAUAUCAGUGUUCAGAAUGUCUAAAAAACUUUUUCAGCAAAAGUAAUUUAGUAAACCACAUAAGGACUCAUACCGGAGAGAAGCCAUAUCAGUGUUUAGAAUGUUUGAAAGUCUUUACUCAAAUGUCAAGCUUAGUAAGUCACAUGAGAGUUCAUACUGGAGAGAAGCCAUAUCAGUGUUCAGAAUGUCUGAAAGACUUUUCUGUAAAUUCACAUUUAGUAAGACACAUGAGAACUCAUACUGGAGAGAAGCCAUAUAAGUGUUCAGAAUGUCAGAAAUGCUUUUCUGAAAAUUCAGGAUUGAUAAUUCACAUGAGAACUCAUACUGGAGAGAAGCCAUUUCAGUGUUCAGAAUGUCUGAAAGACUUUUCCUGCAAAGAUUAUUUAGAAAACCACAUAAGGACUCAUACUGGAGAGAAACCAUAUCAGUGUUCAGAAUGUCUGAAACGCUUUACUAAAAAUUCAGGAUUGAUAAUUCACAUGAGAACUCAUACUGGAGAGAAGCCAUUUCAGUGUUCAGAAUGUUUGAAACACUUUCUUCGCAAAUCACAUUUAGUAAGACACAUGAGAACUCAUACUAGAGAGAAACCAUAUCAGUGUUCUGAAUGUCUGAAAGUCUUUACUGAAAAAUCAAGCUUAGUAAGUCACAUUAGAAUUCAUACUGGAGAGAAGCCAUAUCAGUGUUCAGAAUGUCUGAAAGUCUUUACUCAAAAAACAAGCUUAGUAAAACACAUGAGAAUUCAUACUAGAGAGAAGCCAUAUCAGUGUUCAGAAUGUCUGAAAGAAUUAUCUAGAAAAUCCAAUUUAGUAAAUCACAUGAGAACUCAUACUAAAGAUAGGCCAUAUAAGUGUUCAGAAUGUCUGAAAAGCUUUUCUAAAAGAUUUCAAUUAAAAAGUCACAUGAGAAGUCAUACAAAAGAGAAAGUUUUGCCAGAAGGGAUGUCAUUUGUCUAACGCUAACAUUUCACUGUUGGUCCCAUAAUAUUACGGCUUUCAAGCCAAUGUUGCUCCCGUAAUACUACACCAAAAUUCUUGCAGAAGAAAGCUGAUAGGCCUACUAGAAGAGAAUGUGUCUGAGUCGUCAGUGUGUGCAGUAUAAACAAAAAUCUUGCAGCAUGCAGUGCAUAAUGAGAGAUUUUUUUUUUUUUUUUUUAACAGUGAUGUUGUCAAUUUAAACCAAAUUUAUUUAUGAUUGUAUUCCCAUUUUCUUUGUCUCAUUUGAAGAUGUACUACAAAAAUUGAAUUGAUAUUGAAUAGUUUAUGGACUAAAAGUACCUUGAAACUGAGCUCGAAAUAGAGGAAAUGUUUUAUUUUUGCUGAUGUUUAAAAGUAUACAAAUCACAUCACAUGUUUAAUACACAUCAACUGGUGAGUUUGAAAGGCUUUCACAAAUGCACUGAUAUUAUUACCAUUUUUACAAUAAUGCAGUAGUCUGCAUUACAGUAAAUCUUCUAUUUUUUGUGUUAAUGAAAAUUCAAAAUGGAAAGCAAGCACAAUAUGAGGGGCUGGGAUAUGUGACUAAUGAACAGAGAAAAUUUUCAGCCUCCCAACCUCUUCAAGGGGGGCUCUUUGGCGUGGUGAAGAGGCUCUUUGUUUGAGGAAUUAGACCUGCUGGUCUCCUUCCUCAGACCGAAUCUAGUUACCCUCCAAUCCCCCCUCCCCUAUCCCAUCCUCCCUUUUUCCUUUCCUCCUCCUCCCCAUCCCUCCCUUAUUCCCUUCCUCUUUUUGAACUUUGGGAUUCUUCCCAGAGGCAUGCUAGUUCCUAGGUAGGGGGAAGGGUACCAGGGUCUAUCCCAUUCCAUUGAGGUUCUUGGUGGUGGUGUAGUUUGCCAUGGAAUCUGGAUCACCUGGGGAUGUCAUGAUCCCUCUCCGAUUUCUCGGGGGGGGGGGGGGGGGCUUUGGGUGUCUUUCAGGCAAUGGGUGUAUCUCUGGAGGCUGCCUUUCAGAUUCCUGGGGUGGUGGAAAAAGAGGUAUGCUUUGUGGUGGAUAUCUGGCUGCCCUCUCUUUUGUCCACCGAAGUAGCUCAAUGGAUGUGAGGUUGCUAUCCUGGAUUGCUGGUUUACUGACAUGAAGGGUAGGGUAUGCCACAGGUUUCACGCCACAUCUGCACUACUUGCAGUGCUGAGGUCCUCUUGGGCACAGAGGGAGAUUUCUGGCCGCUUCAUUCCCCCUUUUUUUAUUUUUCUUUUUUUCUUAAAAACAAAAAGAAAGAAGUAACCUAACCAUGAAGGACCCAGUCCAUGACCCUGCUACCACUGGGCCUCUUCUUGAUACCACACCUUGUUCUGACCCUGCUUCGUUUUUGACCACUCUUCGGACAGUCCUGAUGCCAUUGUACCUCUUGCUGGUGCUGUUUCAUCACCCGCUUCAGGUACCAGGGUUUCGACUGACUCCUUCAAUUUGUCUGACCUCUGCUCUCCUUUGACUAUGCUUCUGGCCUCUCCCUGUAUGGUGCGUUUGAAUUGCCAGCCCAUCUCACGUCGGACCAACUCCGGUCCCACUCCUAAACGCCAAUAAUAAUUGCCUGAUGAUACUUCGCCACCUUCUCGCUUUUCUCAGAAAAGACCAACACAUCAUGCACUCCCUUUCCAUGCUCAGUUUUGGAAUGCACAAUGGACUAAAUACUUUGUGACCGACUUCCUCUAUUGCCUAUCUUUCCGAGCAUGGUAUUGGCAAAGUGCUCGUAUGCCAUGUUGGUAGAGAUAUUUCCUUUCAUGCUCUCAAGAGCAGUAUGUGCAUCAUCACUGUCCAAAAUGCUACCCAAACUCAUAAUCUUUCUCCUCUUUCACAUAUCAAUACUGUUCCUGUCACUAUCAAAAAACAUCAUUACCUCAAUUCUUGUAGUGGUACUCCUCUUCAAGGGGGGGCUCCCUGGCAUGGGGAAGAGGCUCUUGGUCUUAGGAAUUAAACCUGUUGGUCUCCUUCCACAAACCAAACCUAAUUACCCCCCAGUCCCCCCUUCCCUAUCCCAUCCUCCCUUUUUCUUUUCCUCCUCACCCCCAUCCCUCCCUUAUUCCCUUCCUCUUUUUGGCCUUUGGGAUUCUUCCCACAGGCCUACUGCUUCCUAGGUAUUGGGAAGGGUACCGGGGUCAUUCCCAUUCCAUUGAGGUUCUUGGUGGUGGUGUAGUUUGCCGUGGAAUCUAGAUCGCCUGGGGAUGUUCCG